AUGCACUUCGAACGUCGACUUUUUUGGUGGUCGAACUUAUUAGGUGUCUUCGCCCCGAAUGGUCGUAGCCUGGACGAGCUGCUGGAUCCAUCACGACAAGGGCUACGGGAUACUAUAUGCUUCUAUCUCAAGCUUCUAGAAAGACAUCUAACAGCAACUGUAUCCCCAUCGAUGAACGGAAAUUUACCCCCUGCGAAUGACAUAUCGAUAUUUCCAUUCCGCGGCAUUGAAAUUGCCCUUACUGGCCUCGAGCACCUGGCAUCUGCUCUUUUAUAUGCAACAGAUGCUGGUUUAUAUCGACGAAUCGCUGCCUACCAGAAUGUACACAAGGAUGAAAUACUCGAACGAAUUGUCGACCUCGUUGUGCGAAUUCGGUAUCCUGCGGCACUACCCCGCGCACCCCGAGAGGUCAAGUCCAACUGCUCGUGGACUAUAGGACUUCACUCCUCCCUGCCUCUGCGAAGGCGCAUCGACCAAAAAUCUGAGAGUUCCAACGAGGUACCGCUCGCCGGUCUGUCAAAGGCACUGGUAGACACUGUUCUAUAUCGACAUUACCGAUUGCUGUUAGGGAAGCAAGAAAGACUGGAGCAAUUUUACUCUGACCCUUCUUUAGCAGCUUGGAGACUUCCCCAGGGAGUUUCUUCUCGAGGGUCGGAGGUCGAGCAUGACGCCAAUAAAUCAGACAUUGGUUCGCUUAUUUCCAAGUCAUCGCGACAUUUUCCUUGGCAAGACGUUUUUCAUGUUGAUGGGAGGGAGUACAGCUGUCAAUUAUGCGACAAGAAAUACACGGGUGGACUGGAAAGCUCUGCGCGAAAACGCCAUUUCUUCCAGGAUAUCAAACCGUUCCCUUGUAUACAUCAGUCAUGCCUUAAGGGUAACUUGCGCUUCUUUUCUACCCGAAACGAAUGGAAGACUCAUAUGCGGAGAGCUCAUUCAUCAGGCUGGGUUGAAUAUCUGCAGCUAAAUCUUCUUUGGCGGUGCUCUGUCUGCGGCAAAGCUUCUUCAACAGAGUACGCAUCCAGAAAGCUGAUUCGCGCCGCAACUAAUGACUGCGUUCCUCUUUUUCGGCCGAUCGAUACAUGCCCAAUCUGUGGUACUUGCUACACGCCCGGCCCUGAUCAGGUUCAUGUCUCCCACCAGCUUUCCACAUCGUCGACGGAUUCGAAAACGGGCAGCCUCGAAGAUUUGGCUCGAGAAAAAACAGAAGACUGUAUUGCAGAUCAUCUCGAGUCUCUUGCGUUCUUUUUUACGAGCCGCACGCUGAGCUACCCGAUGCCUUUGGCCUCCCUGGAACUCAUUUUUUCCGACACGUCACAAUCAUCCUGCCAAGAACAAAUGGCGCCCUUGGAAUUUUCGAUACAUUUUCGAGAUCCACCGCUCCGUCCAUCACAAGAUUGUGAUUCUGACAGUCAGUGCGAGGCAAGCGAUGGCGAAGAGCAGGAAUGCGUGGCUGCCAAUGAGGACCAAGUCCUUGCAGAAUGGGGCAACAAUUCGUGGCUACUGAACUACAAGACCUAUGAAUUCAAUAAAUUCAACAGCAUCGAUCAGCCUUUCGCUGGCGAGAGAGAUAAAGAGGGGAAUUGGUCCCCCCUUGGUUCUGUCGGUGCCCUGCUAUAUGCCACUUAUGGAUUGCUAUUGCUACACAUUUGUUCGGAGAUGGUUUCCAAAACUAGGAAUGUCAGCACAAACAAGAAACUCGGCGAAGGUGCAGAGUUAUUCCGCUCUUUGAAUCGGCUCAGGCUGGCUGUAAAGCAAAUGAAUAGCGACUCGAAAAAAGUUGGAGACGAUGGCGGUGGCUUCCAGCCUUUGAAGCUACUUUUCAAUGCCUUUAAUGUAGCAUUUGGCUAA